CAUGGUCUGUCUACGAAGUGCCUGCAUUGGAGAAGUGUCAUGUGAGUCCUGCUGUGGCCCGUCUAUGAGAUGGUUGCAUUGAGGUAGUGUCCAGCGAAUCCUGCCAUGGUCUGUCUACAAGAUGGUUGCAAUGAGGAAGCGUCGACGGCAUGUGGUGUUUCCCUGAGAUGGAAAACCUUUAAAGAGAACAAAAGAAAAGGAAAAGGAGAUGAGACCCUGAAAAAUCGCAACGUGAAAACAAAGCGGCUGGACAGCACAGAAGAUGACAUGAAGUCUUACUCCUCAGUCAACAUGGCACAGAUUUUCACAGUCCCAAUGCGACACACGUGGCGUUGUCACUGGUCUAGAAUACUGGGAGCUACUACCCCCCAACCUCACCCUAAGUGCUGCGGUUGUGGUACUAAAAGGCCAUCGUACAGGUUACGAAAGGGCAGUUUUCCAGAAAUGAUGCUAGAACGCAGAAACUAUCAAUCCUCGCCUAAAUGUGCAAAUGUGCAACACUAUAUGUCGCUAGCAACGAGCCCCUGUAGCCACUUACAUUGA